AAGAGAAUUCCUGUACAGAAAACCGGGCUGAUUGUUGUAAAAACAUUUACGAAAGUUUGAAGAAAAUCAUUAGAAUAAACAAAAGUAUAAUGAAUAAUUGUGUGUACGUGCAAAAUUUAUAGUAGCGUUCGUGUCUACGCUUUUCCUUAAAGCUUGGCUCUAUUUUCACUCGCGGCUUCUUUUUUUUCUUUCUGCACCAAGCGAAAGUUGGUUGCAGCCGCCGCCAACACUCACACCGCCCACAAGCAUUUUUUUUAUAUUUUGUUUGUAGUACAAUAAAUUGUGGCCAAUAUUGGCUAAUGUAUAAUGUCGCUGGAUGGCGCGCAGUUGAGUUUCGUUGACGCCGCUGGCAUUUCGGUGGCGCAUGCAGCCAAAGGACGUAAAUUCAAUGUGGGCUCCUAUCUAGGUUGCGAUUUAGUGUUGCCCGAUGCCGAGCGUCUUCACUGCGAGAUACAAUGUGAUGCCUUUGGCAGGGUUACCAUUUACAAUCAUUCCUGCACUGCACCCAUUGUGCUCAACGACCAGGUUUUGCAGGCCACUGCUAAGCGUCCGUUGAUGCAUGGUGCACGCAUCCAGAUCCUCAAUAAAGUCUACACCUGGAAUUUUCCCCAAAGGACUGAGGAUGUCAGCACCCCAGAACGUAAUCCCCCUGAGCCAGCGGCCAAUUCAUCACCAAGCCUCAAAGGCCAUCGACAACGUCGACAAUUUGACAAUCGCCUCACUGUGCAUAACUUUCGGUAUUCAAUCAAUUCCGAUGAUGAGGGCAACACAUCCAUAGAGUCGCGUGAACUGGAGACGUCUUCAGCUGAGAUUGCUUCAAAGGACGAACCAGAGCCAGAACGCAGCAUUACACCGCCAGCCAAAGAAGCUGACGAGACUUUGCCGAAGGUGGACUUGCUGGAAGCCACACAAAAUAAGGAAAAUACCAGCACACUGGGCAAUAAAUUAAUGUUGCAAUUGUGUGCACGUUCUGAUGUUGUAAUCACCUCGUUUUCGCCACGCGAAACAGGCGUUAAAAUUGAAAAGUCCUUUACAUGUGUGCUGAAGCCAACAGUAUGUGUUACAUUAUCAUCAGCGGCCUCGACACCCAAGAGCGUUUAUAAUACGCCCAAGAGUGUGCUUUCUGAACUGAACGAGGACAGCUGCAGUCGGGAUUUACUUGAGUAUAGCACGCCCUCCACAUCGAAGAAGGCGCAGGCUGCCAAACGACCGACAUCCAUGUUUCUUAUUGAUCUGACAACUCCGCAGAAACUACGACCAACAUUGAGCAUGACUCCAAAGCAAUCGCCAAGUAGUGCUGCAGUUAUAAGUGUGGAUUCUACAGACAUGUCAUCGGAUGAGUCUCCCAUUGUUAUAGACAUAACCAACUCAUCGACACCGUCAAAGACACCAUCAAAACAGCAGCAAAUGAGGGUAUUGAAAACUCCAAAGGAUCAGGUGCUGGCAGCUGGGGCCACGCCAAAGCGGACGCCGCAGUCUUUAAUGAAACGAGCCCUUCUGACUAGCACCAAGAAGCAAAUUGCAGCAAACACCAACACACCGACGACACCACAGGCCAAGACAAACCGACAAUCGUUGCUCGAGACGCGUCGACAAUGUCUAACAGCACCACGUCGACUGCCUUUCCAUCCGCAACCGCAGUGGCGGACACCAGGCCGACGCCAACUGCCAUCUUCGACAACCAAAGCACCGCAGACAUCGCCACGAAAACGUCAAUCGAUGUCGUUGAGCAGUCCGCGCGACAAUAAAAUAUCAAUGCUUCGAAAGACGCUGGCCGCCAAUGCAAAGCUCAGUCCUACUGUUGGCAUGAGCAACAAAUUGGUGGCGAAAGCACGACGCUCUCUUAAUUCCCCAAAGACAGGAUCACCCAAGCGCAUAGCUUCACCAAGAGUGACGGCAAACGAAUCAUUAACACCAGACAUGGCACACGACUCGACACGAGAGUUGAGUGUUACGUUUACCAUUGAUGAUGAUGAUGAUGAGCAGAACGCUACUGGAGCAGCAUUGAAGGUGUUAAUGUCUGAGGAAUGCAGUAUCAAGCAGCUCGUGGAUGCAAAUACAAGCAGCAAAGAUCAAAGUAAACUCCUUGAAGAUAACAACAUCACAGCAACGACUGACGAGAUAAGCGGGAAGCAUAGUACUCCCAAUGAAACAAGAGAUGACUCGUUAAACAAAACAUUUGAUUUGAAUGUGUCUGCAACGAACAAAGAUGCAACGGAUGUUUCUAUCAGAGAUCAAGAGUCAUCAACUUCGAAAUCUGAAGUUGUUGAAGAGAGUUGCGAUUCUGCACCAGAAAAAGACGUUGACAAAUCGAUACAAAAAAUGACAACACAAGACGUGGACAAAAGUUUUAAUACACCGGACAAAGUUGAUGUUAUUGAGGAUAACAUCUGCGAGGAGGUGCCCACAACUCCAACAUAUCAGGAAGAUUUCGUGACGAUUACAAGUGUGCAUCUAGCUGAGGACACAAUAUGUGAAGAGGUGCCUCCAAGUGAUGAGGUCACUCCUACAACUGAUAAACCAAUUGAAUCGGAAGAACAGGACGUGGUUGGCCCACCAGGUCAAACACCAAUACCAAGGCGGUCUUCACGACGCUAUUCUACUGAUCAAAAUACAGUCGGCUUAACCCCAAGGCGCAGCGUGCGACGUGCAUCUAUGGAGGCCACCAAUAAGCUGGAGCAAUGCUUGAAGCCCACUCGUCGUGCGUCUUGCUCUGCUGCCGUUGAAAUACCAACUACCACAGCUCUUGCGACGCCUAAGCGCAAACGCCGCCUUACAGAAGAGCUAUUAACGCCAUCGCGCAAAUCGCAACGUUUGUUGUGUACAACUCCGAAAGAGGCGCCAAUAGACGAAUCAGUCGGCGACAUGGGUGCCAUCAUUGAAGAGGAUGGUGUUAACGGUGAGUCCAAAUCAUUUGCAGCCGAUGUGUUGCCCAUUGUGACAGAUGAGGAUUACGGCACCGAAUUGCCGACAAAAGACGCUGAUGAACCAGACAAAAUUGACUACCACGGUAUGCGAGAGUUACUAAAGACGCCGAAAAGCUGCAGCACACCGCGUUUCAAAGGUCUGCGCGAAAUGGUGCGCACACCCAAAGUUUGUCCAUCACCUAUGUUAGGCAAUAUUGAGGAAUUGCUGGAAACGCCUUCGACACCCAAGCGAUCUGUAACUGUGAGUCGGGUUGAAUUGGAACUCUCCAAGGCUGAGGCCACUGACGAUGCACAAGACAAGUACUUCACAACGCCUCGUGGUAAAAACCUAAUGAUACCAAACGAUCCAGCCAGCGCAGUAUUAAAGACAAUUAAUAAAUCUCUGGCCACAACCACUGAGUACGAUCUGAAUGCGACAAAUGCCACGCUGCACUUGGACAAAAUCUUUGACGAUGUUCUUGUUGCGGAGUCCACGGAUCCUUCAAUCGUUGUGAAUAAUUCCGAAAACGAAAUUAAUGUCACUGCCAUAAGUACGGCGGCUGCUUCUGAAGCGGACCCCUUGUCGACGACAACGAAUCCUGAGGCAAGCGAUACGGCAGGAUCCGAAGUGUUGAUGAACGUGUGCUAUGCGGAAACUUCACACAAAGAUCCCUUAACAAGCACUGCAUUUAAAGAUGGAGGUAAAACGAAUCUAAAUCUUAGCGCACUCAACGAUGACAGCUGCGCAGAUAGGGCCAAAUCUUCAGACGUAUGCGAGAUGAGCGGUAUUCAAGUGCUGGAUCAAACAACGGACUCCAUGUUCUCGGAACGAUUGGUCUUGAGUGGCGUGGAGUCGUGUGAUGUUACUCUAGAAGAAACCAAGGCAACGGGAAAUAAUAUACCUGAGGAGAAAAAAGAUGAGCUGGCGGAAGGUUCAGACACCGAUUCGAUGGUUGGCUUGGCGGAACCACUCGUUCUAAGCGACGAUGAGGACGUUGUUGAAGAAGGAACUAAUUCCAGCCAGGACCUAAUAAAGGAAGAAAAAUCGAACGAUUUUAUCAUUCCACCAAAAGAGAUCCCAAAAAACAAAGAAGCAGACAAAUUUGUUGUUGAUCAAAGUCAAGAUGAAACUGAGGCAGAAGUGUCUGAAAUUUUACUCAGUACAACAAAAGGAAGAAAGGUCAAUUGAUUGGCUGACGUCGAGAACCAUGUGGAAGAUAAACUGGAUAGUACUCUAGGCGCAGUGCCAAGCAUCAAUGAUGAGCAGAACAAUGAUCAGGAUACUGAGACUUCAAACAAUCCAAAUGAAUCUCAGGAGGAAAAUGAUUUUGAGAUUGACUUGGAAGCUUCGAGCAUCGCUACAGAUGUAUCCUUAUCACAGAUCGAAGUAACACAAACAUCAACAAUUUACGGUGUUGAUAUGAGCCAAGUUUCAAGCAAUAUUCAAGGCAAAGAAACAGAUAAGGAAGACUCAAUGAUUCAAGGAGUAUCGCAUGUUGAGCAAUCAACUGAGAAUGUUGUUAACAAAUCCGCAGCUAUUCUUACUGAUAAAGACAAUAACGAAGACUUACUUAGUUCAAACCACGCAAAAAGUGAACAGGAAAGUAACAGCACCGAAGCAAAUACUACUGAUGCGGAUGUCAAUUUAAAUGCAUCGAGUGAUGGCAAAGCUGCAGAACUGACCUUAGAGUCUGCGAAUGAAUCUCUGCUGAAUGACUCAUGUGAAUUCAAUAAAUCAAGUAUUGGACUGAACAAAACAGGAUCAGCAGCAGAAACAAAAAGAGAAAGCAUUUAUUUGGUACCUACUGCGGAAGCCAGUGCCAAUCCUUCAGACAAACCCGAAAAUGAUGCAGCUCUAAAAGAGCUAUCUGUAGAACUAACAGUUAAAGAUGAAUCGAUACUUGAUGCUUCAACUACAGUGGCAGAAGAAUCUUUGAUUGAGACUAGUUUUGUAAAAAACAAGUCCGAGCUAUGUGAAAAACAAGUUGAGGAUGCUAUUGUAACAAACGAUGAGGAAAUAUCAGACCAAUAUGAAAAUGCGCCAAGCAUCAAACAUGUCAGCAAAAUCUCUGAGGCUGCAGUCGAAGAGAAGAAUGAAGUAGCUGAUGAAGAAAAUUUAGAGAAAAAUGCGACGUUUGCAAAUCCUGCAAGUCCUAUCCCAACAACAUCCGAAGUCGAUGCUGUAUUGGAAAUUAAAGAUGUUUUGGCUGUUGUAGAAGAUGUGAGCGAAUCUGAAAUUAAACUGGAUGCUUCUGUUUUAGAUGAGGAAGAGAAAGAGCAGUUACCUGAUGAUGAACACACUACCCAAAUGACAAAUGAAGACUCUUCAAUUGAAAAGAACGCAUCAAUUGUAGUUAAAACGGAAAAUAAUGAAUCACAAAUAGAUAACCAAGCAUCGGAUAUAUCAUCCACGACUUCAGCAAAUGGAACAAGGCAGCCUCAAGUUGACUUGGAAUCAACAAGCGCAGAAGAUUCAAUAUCUGCAAAGACAACAGAAGACCUUGCUGAGCACGUUCAGGAUAUCGCAGAAAUGUCAUUAAAUCUGCAUGAGGUGGCAAAGGAUGCAAAGAACCAAUCAGCGGAAACAUCUAAAUCUUCUGUAAAUCUGUCAAACGAGUCUGAAACUGACCUGGAAGCAACAAAUGGCGAUGUUUCAUUAGCUGAAAAGACAACGGAGCAACUUGCUGAGCACAUUCAGGAUAUUUCACAGAUGUCAUCAAAUCUGGAUGAAGUUGCAAAGGAAACAUUACCUGAAUCUUCUGUAAAUUCACCAAACGAAACUGAAGUUGACCUGGAAGCUACAAAUGUGGAUUGUUCAUUAGCUGAAUCGACAUCGGAUGAGCACAUUCGAGACAUCGCAGAUACGUCGACAAAUUUGGAUAAAGCGCCAACAGAAAUAAAGGACCAAGCUGAGAAAAUAUCCUUAUCUUCUGUAACUGCGCCAAAUGAAUCUCAAGAUGGUCUGGAAGCAACAACCGCAGAUGAUUCAUUAGCUGAAAAGACUAAGGAUCAACUUGCUGAGCACAUUCAGGGUAUGUCACAGAUGUCAUCAAAUCUGGAUGAAGUUGCAAAGGAAACAUUACCUGAAUCUUCUGUAAAUUCGGCAAACGAGGCUGAAGUUGACCUGGAUGCAACAAAUGUCGAUGAAUCAGUAGCUAAAACGAUAUCGGAUGAGGACAUUCAACAUUUCGAAGAAACGUCGUCACAUCUGGAUGAAGUGCCAACCGAAACAAAGGAUCAGGCAGAGAAAAUAUCCUCAUUUUCUAUAAGUGCCCUGAACGAAUCUCAAGCUGAUCCGGAAACAAAACCAGCAAAAACGAAUACACCAAUCGAAGACGAAAUAGUAAAGAAUGAAGAACAAAUGGAUAACCAAGCAUCGGAAAAGUCAUCUACAUCUUCGGCAAAUGAGGCAAGUGAGCGUCAAGUUGACCUGGAACCAAAAAGCGCUGAUGAUUCAUCAACUAAAAAUGCAACGGAACAAGUUGAUGGGCACAUUCAAGAUCUGGAUAAAGAUCCAAAGGUAACGACGGACCAAUCAGCGGAAACGUUAUUGUCUUCACUGAUUCCGCCAAACGAGUCUCAAGUUGACCUGGAAGCAAAAAAUAAAGAAGAUUCUGCGUCGUCAAAUCUGGACGAAGUGCAAAACAUACCUCAAGACGAUCUUCAAUGUUCCACGAAUGCUGAUGAAUCCUUGAUUUCAAUGGAUACUUCAGUAUUUGUUGAUUUGGAUAAAGAAGAGGACGACCGUGAAACUUCAAAAACUCCAGAGCUAGAAGAACAGGUUGACAAAACAGCGCUUCAGAAUGUAUCAACAUUACAUGAUAGGUCGGCUACAAAAUCGACCUUAGAUGAGUCUGUAAUUGAGCUAGAUGAUGACUCCGAUAAAGAAGAGGAAUCACUUAUUGAAAAAGAUUCCGAAUCUAUUUCAAAGUCACCAGAAGAAACAUCGAUCAAUCUAGAUAACACUGAAGUUAUAAACCACGAGGAGUCCACAGCUGUUGAUAAUUCGGUGAUUAAUCUAGAUGUAUCUGUAGCUAAGCAAAGUGAGGGAGUCACACCUUCAACUACUGCUGAGAAAUCUACGAAUGGAACUAUUGGAAACGAAGCUAAAGCUAAUUUGGAAAGUACGAAUAUAGAUGAAUCUCUGGUUGAUCUGAGCUCAUCUGAUGUAACUGAUAUUGAAAAUAAUGAAGCAGUUUCUGAUGUACCCAAAAUAACCCCUGCUGAAGCUGACAUUGAAAAGGAAGAAACAGUUUCUAAUGUUUCAGAAAUAUUACCAUCUAAGACCGAAGAUGCUAUUGUAGCUGUUCCAGAAGUAUUAUUAUCUAGUGCUGAAAGCGAUGUUGUCGCCGAAAUUCCAGUCUCCGAUGUUCCAGAAGAGAUUAAAAAGGAAGAAACUGUUUCUGAUGUUUCAGAAAUAUUAACAUCUAUGGCCGAAGACGCUAUUGUAGCUGAAGUUGAAACUAAAGAAGAAGUUUCUAAUGUUCCAGAAGUAUUAUCAUCUAGUGCUGAAAGCGAUGUUGCCGCCGAAAUUCAAAAGAAAGGACGCGUCUCCGAUGUUCCAGAAGACUCUGCACGAAUAGAUGAAAGCACAGCAGAUAAACAUAAUGUUAUGAAGGAGGCUCCAUUGACCAUUGAAGCGCCACUUGAAAAUGUCCAAUCUUGUUUGGCUGCUUCGACACAGGAAAAUGAAGAUCUUAGCAAAGAAUAUGUUUUUGAAGAAUCGCUAACCACGUCAGAGCUGGAUACAACAAAUCAAAAUGUAUCUAAUAUUUCUAGCCAAUCUGCGCCUGCAUGUGGCGACAUGGAAGAGAACCCUAUUCAAGAAUCUGCUGUAGAAGAGGAAGCCACUAAUUCGAAGGAAUCGACGCCAAGCGUUUCUAUAGAAGUCGACGAUGCAACAGAGAAACUCGAUGCUGAAAUCGAUUCUAUAAGGUAUCAAAAUAAUGAUUCGAAGGCAAUCGGAAAAUCGCGAGAGGAAAGCAAGGUGGCUUUUGAUUUGGAUGGCAGUUGCAGCGCCGAAAUUACGGAGAAAAGUUUGUCCAUGGAUACAAUUGCGAAGCAAAUUCCUAGUGCGUCGGGUAUGGAGAGUGAAUUGGAUAUCAGCCAAAAAACGAUGCUAGUCGAUUGUGAAAACACCACAAGUCAGACAGAAGAAAAAGAACCCGACCAUGUUAUGAGUGGGGUACCAUCUCAAUCAAAAGAAACGAAAUCUACACCAACCGACGAAGCGACAGUAGAGAUUCUUGAUAGUGAUGAAGAAGACAUGACCCAAAACAGAAAGUCGACAGAAAAUGCGGCUAAAAACUCUGAAAGUUCUGCGACAAUUGAAGUGCCAACAAAAUCAGCGGAACCAGAACUUGCUCUCGAAAUUGAUAACGAUAAAGUGGAUUUGGAGAAAUACAAUAACAUAUCGCAGCUGAUUGCAAGUCCUUCAACAAUUGCUUCAACAUCAAUAGACAUUAAACCAAAACAAUCUGAUGAACUUGCUGAAGAGAUUUCUAAUGAUAAUGAUGGUGCAGAAAAUUCAACCGCGAAUGCAGCCUCAACAAGUCGAAGCGCACCUUCCACAAAUGACGAUUACAAAGAUGGAUCACCAUCAGAAACCGUCAGUGAACCGGCAGUUGAGAUUAUUGACAGUGAUGGUGAUGUUUCUAAUCAAUCAAAGAUAUGUGUGGACGAAGCUGUCAAAAACUCCUCACCUGCAGUGGAAAAAAUCGAAAAUCAGAUCAAAAUAGCAAAGGAAUCAAGUCAAAAAGCAGCACCAUCUGCUCAGUUGGUUGCGAGCGAUGCUAAGCGUACAAAUCAGACUGGGGAAAAAAUAGAAGCACGAAGUAAGACAGAGGAAGUGGUAAUUGACAUAAGUUCUUCAGAUGAAGAGUCGUUGACACAUGCUACAAGUCAAAAAGUAAAUCAAGUGUCACACGAAAAAGUUGUGUUAGAAUCUGAUGGAAAAAUUAAGUCAGACGAUAAGGAAAUAUUAACUGAACAGCAUUCACUUGAAAUUGAAAAUUCAUCAGAUUUAAUAAUGGAUGCAAACCCAAUGAAUGUUUUGAAACGUCGUCGCAAGUCUUCGACUUAUAUAGAAACUUUCAAGGACACUACUAAAAUGGCCCAAGCAACGCCAAAGCGUCGUGGUCGCAAGGAUGAUCUCGUCCAUGAAGAUAUUGAACAAAUACAUUUCACAAUGGAGGUACAUAAGGUUUCCAGGAAUGUGGAAGAGACUACUGAUUCGUCCCACAAAUCGCAUCCAGAAACUGUUGACUUGGAAAAGCCAAGCAUAAGCAGACGUAAAUCGAUUACUAAAAAUGUUGAAACGGAAGUUAAGAAAGGUGUCAAGGCUACAACAUCACAGCCUGAAAUUAACACAGAUAAACCUAAGCGACGUGGCCGAAAGCCUGCAACAGAAAUCACCGAGACUAAAGUCCAUGAGAAACUGCCUGAAACAAUUGACUUGAACAAACCAAAGUGUCGCGGACGUAAAUCAUCGGGGAUCGAAGCGCAAGUUGUAGAGAUAGACAGUCCUAUUGAAGUGAAUCAACAAGAAAGCGUUGACUUGGAUAAAUCCAAGCAACGAGAACGAAAAUCUUUUGCAAUGCUUGCUGUAACUGAAUCCCAAGUUGUCGAGGAAACAACCGUCGAAGCAGCAGAAACGGUCGACACUGAAAUUUCAACCGAACCCAAGCGGCGGGGACGAAAACAAGCAAAAAUAGUCGAAGCCAAAGUGAUUUCUUCGGCUGAAGUUUCUGAAAUCGAAUCCGAACUGGAGACUAAAGAAGUAAUCAAAGUAGAUAUUCAAACUGAUGAACAACAAGGAAAAGUAGAAAACCUGGAGAAACCUAAGCCACGAGGACGUAAACCAUCGAUCGGAGAGAUCGAAAUCCCCGCGGGAGAUAAUCCAAGUCGAGCAGAACGCAAACCUUCGGCGGAAAUUGCCGAAACUAAAGAUUACGUCGCAGAAGUAAAUGAAUUGGAGAAACCCAAGAGACGAAUUCGCAAAGCUUCUGCAGAAGUUGUGGAAGCUACAGCCAAUCUCGAUGUGAAAAAAUAUGAACUCAAUCGUAGAGCAUCAGUUGAUCUAGCUAUUGUUGAGCAACACGAAGGAGUAAUUCACAAAGAGAAGAAGUCAACUAUUGAGGCCGUUAAAGACAACCCAAGGCGUCGCAAUCACAAAGUUUCAUCAGAAGUCACAGAAACGUUAGAACCCAUAAAUCAGACAGAAAAGAAACCAGCCCGAAAUACACGUAAAGCUUCAGCAGAAACCGUUGAGAUUGACAAUGAAGAAAAGGAGCACUUGCCAGUAAUUGUGGAAGCAACGGAGCCAGAGCAAAAGAAACUGAGGCUUAAUAAGACAACUGAAUCGGACGCCGCUCAGAAAGUAAACGCACGCGGUCGCAAAAAAUCUGUCUCUGCGGAACAGCCGCCCGAAGCUGUUGAGGUGUCAGGGUCGCGUGAAAAGACCACAACUCGUCGGGGGCGUAAGGCAACCAAUGAUGAGCCAAUGAUAACACCACCAGCGGAGAUUGUUGAGGCAACAACUUCGCAAGAUAAGACUACAGCUCGUCGGGGGCGUAAGGCAACCAAUGAUGAGCCCCUGGCGAUACCACCAGCGGAGAUUGUUGAGGCAACAACUUCACGUGGAAAAAGUGCAAAUCGUCGUGGACACGAGGCUACCGUGGAAGCGGAACCUUUGCCAACGCCUCCAGCUGAGAUUGUUGAGGCAACAACUUUACAAGAAAAGAGCGCAACUCGUCGAGGGCGUAAGGCAACCAAUGAUGAGGCACUAUCAACACCACCAGCAGAGAUUGUCGAGGCAACAACUUCACGUGGAAAAAGUGCAAAUCGUCGUGGACACAAGACUACAGUGGAAGAGGAACCUUUGCCAACGCCUCCAGCUGAGAUUGUUGAGGCAACAACUUUACAAGAAAAGAGCGCAACUCGUCGAGGGCGUAAGGCAACCAAUGAUGAGGCACUGUCAACACCACCAGCAGAGAUUGUCGAGGCAACAACAUCACAAGAAAAGACCACAGCUCGUCGGGGACGUAAGGUAACCAAUGAUGAGUCUCAGUCGAUACCACCAGCGGAGAUUGUUGAGGUACCAACUUCACGUGCAAAAAGUGCAAAUCGUCGUGGACCCAAGGCUACCGUGCAAGAGGAAGCUUCGCCAACGCCUCCAGCUGAGAUUGUUGAGGCAACAACUUCACAAGAAAAGACCACAGCUCGUCGGGGGCGUAAGGCAACCAAUGAUGAGCCUCUGGCGAUACCACCAGCGGAGAUUCUUGAGGCAACAACUUCCCGUGGAAAAAGUGCAAACCGUCGUGGACACAAGGCUACCGUGGAAGAGGAAUCUUCGUCAACGCCUCCAGCUGAGAUUGUUGAGGCAACAACUUCACAAGAAAAGACCACAGCUCGUCGGGGGCGUAAGGCAACCAAUGAUGAGCCUCUGGCGAUACCACCAGCGGAGAUUCUUGAGGCAACAACUUCCCGUGGAAAAUGUGCAAACCGUCGUGGACACAAGGCUACCGUGGAAGAGGAAUCUUCGUCAACGCCUCCAGCUGAGAUUGUUGAGGCAACAACUUCACAAGAAAAGACCACAGCUCGUCGGGGGCGUAAGGCAACCAAUGAUGAGCCUCUGGCGAUACCACCAGCGGAGAUACUUGAGGCAACAACUUCACGUGCAAAAAGUGCAAACCGUCGUGGACACAAGGCUACCGUGGAGGAGGAAUCUUUGCCAACGCAUCCAGCUGAGAUUGUUGAGGCAACAACUUUACAAGAAAAGAGCGCAACUCGUCGUGGGCGUAAAGCAACCAAUGAUGAGCCACUGGCAGCACAGCUAGCAGAUAUUGUUGAGGCGACAACUCGUCGAGGACGCAAGGCUACCGUGGAAGAGGAACCUUUGUCAACACAGCCAGAGAUUGUGGAGGUAAAUUCCCAAGAAAAGAGUGCAAUUCGUAGUAGACGCAAGGCCACAGUUGAUGAAGAAGUGCCCAGCGUGCAAGCCGAUGCAGCUGAGCUUAAACCGAAACGUCGUGCUCGAAAAGCAUCUGCUGAAAUAGUUCAUGCCGAAGUUCAGCCUCUUGAGCCAACUGAGCAGGCGACAAGACGUGCUCGUGGAGCAAGCGCUGAUGUGGCAGCAGAAACGGACCCCGCGGUCGAGAAGAAGUCAACUCGACGCGUUCGCAAACCGUCUGCAAAUGUCGACGUCAUCGUGAAAGAGGCAACGCCGCCUAAAAAAGCACCAGCUCGCCGAGGACGUAAGGCAUCUUUAUCAGCUGCUGUUCUUGAUGAAGCGGAGAAACAAGAUCAUGCAAUUGAACUUGCCACUGUUGCCAGUGCUAUAAUCUCUCCUAGGCCACAGGUGCUUAGCUCGGAGGAUGAGUUAACGCCACGGCGUCGUGAAGGACGCAACUUGCCACGUAAAAACUAUGAUGAAACUUCGGAUGAAGACAAGCCGGGAUCAUCCCGUAAAGCGCGUAAGCCCGUUGCCAGCAAAGCCGCUGCGGUCGCCGCUGCGGUCUCGCCACUUCCAAAGCCUACAACACCAACGAAGCAGAAGCCUUCGGUGGAAAUUGCAGUAGAGCCAGUGGCGGGUACGCAAACACCAAUUGCUACGAUAAUACCAGCAGACUUAAACAGUUCACAGAAGCGCGAAGGCCGAAAUAUGCCACGCAAGAACUACAAUGAAACAUCAGAUGAUGAGAAGCCAGCUUCAUCGCGUGGACGAAGGAUUCGUCAGCCAACGAUUAAGGCCCUGGAAUUGCUGGUAGACUCUGCUUCACGGCCAGUAACGCCGAAGCGACGCGGUAAGGCAAAGGCAGCUGAUACCGCAGCAGCAGCAACUGAGGGUGAUGCUGAUACUGAUGAGCCACCAGAAAAGAAAAUCAUUUUGGAAGACUCCACGCCAAUUGCUGCCAAAGCUCGUGGAGGCGCAAGAGGCCGUAAGGUACAUGAUACCGAAGAAGUCACAGAAGCUGAACCCGCUAAACGUGGUGCACGCUCUCGUAAGGAGAGCGCCACUAUUCAGGUAGAUGAGCCCGACAUCGAAGUAGAAGUGAAGCAACCAGCGAAACGUAAUGAGCGCGGAGGCGGCGCUCGCAAAGCCAAAGCAGACGAGGAUGCUGCAGAUGGGCAGCCACCAAUUAAGAAAGUUCGAGGCGGAGCACGCGCGAAGACACCUGUUGUAGCAGAAUCAGUAGCGGAUCCCAAUGUGGAGGGACCCAAAGAGGUGCCGGUCACCAAGCGAGCGACGGCAGCACGGGGACGCAACGCACGCGUUACAAAAGUGGUUGAUGAAGUGGUAGCUAUUACGGAGACGCCGCCAACUCGUACUGGACGUGGUCGUAAGGUGCACUUUGAAGCCAUUGAAGACACGGCGUCGGUGGCAGUGACAGUGGCAAAGGAAGCGCCGCAGCCCGUUGCAGAUGAAGCUCCCAAACGUGCCACACGCUCUCGCCGAAAAUAAUCAUUUCUUGAUAACUUUUAUUCAUUUGUUUAAUUAAUUAUUUGAAAUUUUAGUUUUAAGUUAAAACUUAUUUUUGUUUAUUGAUUAUACCUCCUGUGUACAAAAGGAAAAUGUUUACAGCACGGUAAUAUAGCUAUGUAUGUAUUGUUAAUUUUACGUUUAAAUAAAUCAAGAGAGUUCUACGUUAUUCGGAGAAGCAGAAAAUAUAUAAAAGACGCGCUCAAGCACGCAAAACAUAAAAUCUAGAUAUACGUAUAUAAAAUACAUAAUGCAUAUGAUAUACAUAUAUAUAUACAUUGAAGACAUCAAUAACUUACCUUUUAAGGACU